AUGGACUCAAGCACCAAUGACGUAGCCCAUGAUUUCUCUCCCUAUUUUCGUGUACACAAAGAUGGUAGUAUAGAAAGAUUCCACGCCCCUCAGUUUGCUCCGCCGUCCGACGAUCCCAUCACCGGCAUCCGAUCCAAAGACGUCGUAAUCUCGCCGGAAACGGGCAUCUAUGUCCGUCUAUUCCUCCCUAAAAUCACCGACCCAACUCGGAAACUUCCUCUCCUGCUCCACAUCCAUGGCGGGGCUUUCUGCGUCGGUUCUCCCUCCAACCCCACCUUCCACAACUUCCUUAGCUCUCUCGCCGCCGAAUCUAACGCCGUCGUGGCGUCGGUCGACUACAGACUUGCGCCGGAGCACCCUCUUCCGAUCGCAUACGACGAUUCAUGGACAGCAUUUCAAUGGGUAAUCUCACAUGCCCAAGGAACAGGCCCUGAGCCAUGGCUCAAUGAUCAUGCCGAUUUUCAACGGCUGUUCUUGGGCGGCGAGAGCGCAGGAGCCAACAUUGCAAAUGAUGUCGCAAUUCGUGCUGGAGUCACUUAUUUCCAAAAAGACGGUACAGUGGACGAGAGUCCCACAACUCUAAAGUCGGGUCAAAUAUAUGCAGUUUCAUGUAAAAUUGUGGGACUUUUGUUGGUGCAUCCAUAUUUUGGGGGAAAGGAAGUGGACAAUCUGUACAAGUUUUUAUGUCCAAAUAGUAGUGGUCAGCAUGAUGACCCGAGGCUAAACCCGGCCAUUGAUCCGAGGUUGUCGAGCCUGAGUUGCGAGAAGGUACUGUUCUGUCUUGCAGAGAAAGAUCGGUUGAGAGAGACAGGAUUGGCUUAUUAUGAGGCGUUAAAGAAGAGUGCGUGGGGUGGAGAGGUGGAGAUUAUGGAAACAGAAGGGGAGGGUCAUGGGUUUCAUUUGAUCAACCCAACUUGUGAGAAGGUUAAACCUUUGAUGACUCGAUUGGCUUCUUUCUUGAAUGGAUCAUAG